AAACCGGAAGUCGAACGGCUACGCGCAAAAGCACAUGUGGAGUGAAACAUGGGACGUCCUCAACGCAAAAAAGAUAAAAAGAAACCGAAAAGAACUCACACAAAAGGACCAAAACCAGAUAAGGUAGAGUGUGAAAAUGAGCUUCCAGAGGAGCCAUCAGAAGUAACAAAGAAGGAGAAUUCUUCAUCAAAAUAUGGGAUUGAUCAGCUGCUUGACAAGGCCCAAGAAUGCAUAGAUACCUUUAAUUAUGAACUUGCCCAGAAGUUUUGCCAGAGAGCCCUGGAGUUGGAUCCAGACAAUUUGAGAGUACUUGAGACUUCAGGAACACUCCUGUUGGAACUGGGGGAUUCUGAAGGUGCAAAAAAAUGCUUUGGAAGAGCAGUUGAGUUAUCGCCAGACAAAGGCCAUGCCAAGUACAUGUAUUUGGGUCAGUUGUUUGAAGGCGCAGAAGCUGUGCAGUGUUUUCAAAAGGGCAUUGAGUUGAUGACAAAUGAGCUGCAACAGCAGCAGCAGAGAGAGGUGUCUGCAGCAUUCUCUGGUUCUGGGGAUGAAAUGGUAUCAAGUAAAGAUAUCUCCACAGCCUAUUGUUCUAUAGCUGAAAUAUAUAUGACUGAUUGCUGUUUUGAGGAGGCUGCUGAAGAAAAAUGCAGGACCAAUAUAGAGAAAGCCAUAUCUUCAGAUGAUACCAAUGCAGAAGCUUAUCAGCUUAUGGCCAGUUUUUUCCUUUCUAAAGAGGAUAGGGAGGAAGCACGUAAGAUGAUAGAAAAGAGUGUCUCUUUGUGGCUACCGAAGAUGAAAGGAAUGGAAAAUGAAACAUUACUGCAAGAUCCCGCAGAGGUUGCCCCAAUUAACUAUUCAGCAAGAAUCAAUGCGUCACAAAUACUGAUAGAAACAGAAAGUUAUGAUCUUGCAAGCGAAAUACUAGAGGGGCUUUUAGAUGAGGAUGAAGAUGUGAUACAGGUGUGGUAUUUACUUGGCUGGUUGAAUUACCUGCAGGGAGAGGACUAUAAAGGGAAUGCCAGGUAUUACCUGGAUAAGGCAGACAAGUUAUCGAAAAAGGUUUCCUGUAGUGACAAGCCAAUGCUGUCUCACAUUCAAGAACUGUUACAAGAACUUGGUCCAGGUGAAGAUGAAGAUGAGGAAGAAGAAGGAGCUGAAAUGGAUGACUUUGAAAGUGAUUCAGAUGCUGAGGAUGCUGUAGAAUCAAUGGAAUCUUAGCAUUAAGUGAAGAAUUUCACUAGAACAAAACAAAAUAACAGUCUCUGCAAGUAAAGCAUACCAAGUUGUUUGGAAAAUCGGUUUUAGAUGCAAAAAAAUCAAAUUAGCAUGUAUCAGAGCAUCAUCAUUUGCAGACAAGAAGCAAAGGAAAUUAGAUGACAGCCUUAAAAGAUUCGAUCAGAAACUAGUACAUUAUUUGCAUAAUGAUCAGUAAGAUGUUAUUGUAGCUAUCCAUUUAUAUCUCUACCUGUUGGUAGAGGGCAGUGAAUAAUAGCUGUUAAUUUAUGAAAGAGGACAUUUGAAAAACCAUGCUACGAGUGUAGCUAACAUGGUUGGUUUCUUCAUUCGUGACAAGAGGGAGUAUUUUCAAGAAAAAUGAAACUUUCGUGUAUUAUAUAUAAUUUAGGUUAACCACGACGUACUGUACUAAACAAUGUGUAUUUGCUUGUGGAGACUUGGUGACUUUUGAUGGUAUGACUCCUUAGUGUCAUUGAUCACUGGCAUGGAAAUUUGAAGAAUUUGUCAAUGAAGCUUACAAAACGAAUACAAAUUCCAUGUGCCUCCCCUCCUUGUACUUGUGAAAUGUUCGUCAAGUUUCCUACCCACAAACCAUAGAGGUGAUUCACCUGCUUGCACAAACCAAUCACAGUUAGUGAAUACCAGGCUGAUAGAAAGUCAGUAUUACACUACGUUUCAAGGAAACUGUCAACCAAUUACUUAGCCCAAGAUUGAUCAGCCUUCCCUGUUUUAUUCUGAGGGAUUUAGAGACUGUAGGCGUAUUGUGUCUGUGCUGCUUUUAUGUGUUUAACUUCCAUAGAGUUGAACAGAUGCACGAAUCUAGGUGAGGCUAGGACUAGGAUCCAGUUUGAAGAGUCCUAGGGAACGUUCACUGUAUUCUUGCAAAUAUAAUCUUAUUUUCAUUUUUUUAAAAACUCUUUCUUACCUUUCUUUAUUAUGAAAUCGUGACCCCUUCUAAAAAUUACACAAUUUCUCGUAUUUAAACCUAAGUGAAAACUGCAACAGAAGAUAAUUAUUUCAAAGUUGGUCCAUUUUUUUCAGUCGUAAAAAAAUUUGCACAGACAACUUUGCGUGCACUGUUUAGUCAAAAUGAAAAGUAAAAUAAAACGAACAGUCCAUUUGAAACGCCA